CCCAAACACAUUGAGACAUCGUGAUGGACGAGGAAGCAGUCGACACGACCACCGCCACGACGACCCCACCGCAGCCGACAGGUGAGGACUUGUCAUCCAAGGCUGGAGAUGCAAGGGCAUCUACGGAUCAGUCCACCGACCUGUUUCGUCGUCGCGCGGGGGAUUUGUUGUCGUCCUUGAGCUCGACUCUGGAUGACAACGUCAUGUUGUUCCGAUGGGGUUGCAUGGCGACGAUGGUGGGCUGCGCGUACAUUAGCAUUCGUUCCAGCGGCUUGUUGACGCGAUAUACGUCGUUGGACGCCCUUCCAGUGGGAGUUCCCGUCGUCGGCCGCGUAUUAGGUCAACAUGCUGCCGACCCAAGCACGCUCUACGUGUACCACACGCCAUGGGUGCGUCGCGUGCUGCUCAAGGAAACCCUUCCGCGGGGGAUGGACGUCAGCGGCCACUUGACCGACACGUCGUCGGUCAUUGCAGUGCGUCCAUUCGGCGUGGACAUGCAAGACGAAGCCAAGCGGUGGCUUUACUCGGACUUCGUCGCGGCCAGACGUUAUGUCACCAUUGAGCUUCUCUAUCGCCCACCGCCUCCAUUGUCGUCGUCGUCAUCUACGGACUAUCCUCCCGCGGUCGUGCCGCCGACACCGACGCUGGCGGUUGGCGCGUGCUCCAUUUCCACCCCCAAAAACCUGUUCUUUCGACAAGACAUGGCGGAAUUUGCCGUCGCGCGAGGAAUUGCCGUGUGCCGUCCAGAGCCUGAUGUGGAUGUCGUCAAACCUAACAUGAGCCGUCGAUCCAUCAAGCGCUUGGAACGGCGCACAAAGCGACUCGCGUCGCGACAGGAGUAUGCACAAACCAUGCGAUACGGGGUAUGGAAGGAAUGGGCCGAGCCGGAAGUGGCCCAGCGCAUGGUGUCAGCAGGGAAGCGCGCGUCGACGGCGGCGAUGCAGCGCAUCUUUGGCACGUGGUGGACCAAGUAUUAAACAUGUGUACAAAGUGUAUUCAACAAGAGAGACUUAGCCGUAGCAACGGAUUUGAUCGGUGGAGUUUUUGGCCGCGCAUUGGCCGCCCUUUUCCAGGUACUUUUGGUGGUAUUCUUCGGCGUGGUAGAACGUUCCUGCGGGCUCGAUCUCCGUGACGAUUUCAGUCUUGGUGACUUGGCCACGUUCUGCCUUGGCGGCUUCCGCUUCUUCCUUUUGUUCGUCGUUGUGGUAGUAAAUGCCGCUGCGGUAUUGCGUGCCCACAUCGUUCUUUUGUCGGUUGAGGGUGGUAGGGUCAUGGAUCGAGAAGAACUUGUCCAACAGUUCCUUGUACGUGAUGGUGUUGACGUCAAACUUGAUUUGAACGGCUUCAGCAUGUCCAGUGUCGCCCUUGCACACCUCACGGUACGUCGGGUUGACGGUCGAGCCGUUGAUGAACCCGACAUGGGUCUCAACCACGCCUUCCAAGCGCUGGAAGUUGAGCUCCACGCUCCAGUAGCAUCCAGCGGCGAACGUCGCCAAUUGCUCAUGGGGUUCCAACGACACAGGGACGGUCUUGGUCAUUUCGGCUUCUGUGGAGAUCGUUG